AUGGCGAAUUCCAAAGUGAGCAUGAAGCUGCUUAUAGACAACAGCAAAGUGAGACGCGUGUUGUUCGCGGAGGCCAGCAAAGACUGCGUUGAUUUCCUCUUCCACAUACUAUCUCUGCCAGUUGCCACCGUCAUUCGCUUGCUGAGAGCGGAAGGAAUGAAAGGCUCUCUUCCUAACCUCUACAAAAGCUUAGAAGAUCUCAACGACACCUACUUACUGCCUAACCACAGCAAGGACGCCUUUCUGAAACCUGUGGUGCCCGUCUCCACUUCCACACUUCCGCUUCUGGCCCUUCCUGCUGCUCCCACGACUCAGAAGAACUUUUACAGAUGCAGCGGUUGUAACAAUAACAGUUAUAAUAGCAGCUACAAACAUGUUUCUGAUGACCCACGUGCCACUUGUCCUUCAUGCUCCCGGGUUAUGAACAUAAGUGUGGCCUAUGUGGAUCCUCCUGCCACGGAAGUGGCGUCGAAAGAGGGCGGUUUGGUGAAGGGGGUCGUGACUUACAUGGUGAUGGACGAUUUGAAGAUCAAGCCAAUGUCUACAAUCUCCAGCAUUACGAUGCUCAAUAAGUUUAAUGUGAAGGAGGUCGGUUCUUUGGAGGAAAAGGUUGUCGAUCUGGGGAUGAACGAGGCUAUUAAGUUGUUGAAGACUUCGUUUGAGACUAACAACGUUCUUACAACCAUCUUCUGUUAG